AUGACCGACUUGACGACAAAACCCCACGUCCAGAACGUUCAGAACGCGAGCAUGGUGACCAAAGAGAAGAAGAGGACCCGAGUUCAACUGUCAUGCACCGCCUACUCAAAUGUUGUCGGACAUAUCCAUGCACCAAUUGCGAGAAAAGAGGGGAGGCCGCCUCCUGUACCUUUGUCGGCCGAGGCCACGUUCCAGAAGGAGGGAGUGUCUCUCGAAUGGCUCGGUCUGCUGUAUGCUGUUUUUACAUUGGCAGUAUCAGUUUUGAAAACGAUAGAGGAACCAUUACCCCAGUCACUGGGGGACCACCUGGUCGCCAUGACCAGAUUCCGCAAACGUACGGUGCAAUGUUUGGUCCAAGCAAACUAUAUCACCCCCGGCAGAUACAAAGUCGAGGCACUGUUUCUGUAUACAAUGGGGGAGUUCUUCAGAAGUUGCGAUGCCCAAGUCGGGGUCUCGUUCAUGCUCGGACUCACCAUAAGGCUUGCCAUGCGGAUGGGGUACCACCGCGACCCCCGAAAUUUCCCCAAAAUAUCAGCGUUUGAAGGGGAAAUGAGACGACGUAUGUGGGCUGUUGUGAGCCAUCUUGACACCUUGAUUUCAUUCCAAGUCGGACUACCUCGGGCAAUCCAGGCCUGGCAACACGACGUGGAGCUGCCGCGGAAUUUAUAUGAUCAGGAUUUCGAUAAGAAUACGGAAGAACUCCCACUUUCUCGGCCAGAAACCGAGCGCACUUCCCUAUGCUAUACCAGGGCCAAGGGAAGAGUCAUGUCUGUCUUUGGACGAAUAUCAGAUCUUGCAUACUCACGGGAACCGGUGACCUACGAGCAAACGCUCGAAAUUGAUCGGCAUCUUGAAGAAGCGCACGAUCAAAUUCCGUCGAUCCUACGAAUCAGGCCCAUGGAGCAGUCAAUCACUGACCCAUCUGACCUGAUCCUCAACCGUUUCACACUGGAAAUUUUGUAUCAGAAGUGCCGUUGCGUUUUACAUCGGAGGUACCUGGCUGAAUUCCACGACAACAUGCGAUACGCAUAUUCUCGCUGGGUUUGUAUGACCGCAGCGAAACAGAUCCUUCAACACCAAGCAGUCCUGCACCACGAAACUCAACCUGGGGGCCAGUUAUACCGCGAAAGGCAAUUCCCGAAUUCUAUACAAAACACGGACUACCUACUAGCAGCCAUGAUUAUCUGCCUAGAACUCUCCCCUGGCCAUCCCACAGAGCCACGAACGAACAGUCAAAGCAACGAUGUGACAGUUAUCGUCAAAGGCCGUGAAGACCUUCUAUCAGCCCUGGAGACAACCCAUCAGAUUUUCAAGGACAUGCGCCGGCGGUCGGCGGAUGCACAAAAAGCAUAUGCUGCGAUGUCAAUCAUGCUGCGCUGUGUCAAGAAAGGCAUGCAACAUGCAGCAGACCCAGCCGGUAGCUCAAGUGGUCUCGAAUUCAAUACAACCAGUGAUGUUUCACCACCCCCGUAUGACGGCGAGCAGAAUCGGCAAGGCCCCUCGUUCAUGCUUGCCCAUGACCAGGUCAAUGCAAUGCAAUCACCAUUUGGCUCGCUGGAUGUGAUUGAAGAGAUGCUUGACGCACCGACCAACCUUGACUGGCGUCUCUGGGACCAGCAAAUCCAAGGCCUUGAAGAUGCAAACGCGCGCACUCUAUGGUAUCCUGGCUUUGAGUCAUGA